AUGGUUAAUAUUCCAAAAACUAGAAAAACCUACUGUAAAGGUAAGGAAUGUCGUAAACACACCCAACACAAAGUUACCCAAUACAAAGCCGGUAAAGCUUCCUUAUUCGCUCAAGGUAAAAGAAGAUAUGACAGAAAACAAAGUGGUUACGGUGGUCAAACUAAACCAGUUUUCAAGAAGAAAGCUAAAACUACCAAAAAAGUUGUUUUAAGAUUAGAAUGUGUUAACUGUAAAACCAAAUUACAAUUAUCAUUAAAAAGAUGUAAACAUUUCGAAUUAGGUGGUAACAAAAAACAAAAAGGUGCUGCUUUACAAUUUUAG